ACAAGGUCCCAUCUGUACUCUCUCUCUUCUUCCCUGAACGUUUCACUUCUCUGUUAUUUUCAGUUGUGUUUCGAAACAAAACCCUAAUUGUAGACCUAAUCUCACUUCCAAACACCAACCCCCCCCGCACCCACAUACAUAAAACCCUAACCCUACUUUCACGCUCGGAAUUCUCGUGAACUUACGCUCCGUUUGGGUUCUGAUUUCUGAUAUGGAUUCUCAACCGAACAACCUAUUCGAGACGGCGUCGCAGCCCGACACCGCCAACGACGCUUACACCUUCCUCGAAUUCAAUACGCAGGGCGAGGACUUCGACUAUCCCGAGUUCCGCGACCCGAUUCGCCCCCCGGUGGUCUCCUGGCCCACGCCCUCCGAUUCUCUGUCCGACCCUAUUGACCGCGGCGGAGGCGGAGGCCCUGGUUCGGAUCACCACUCCGACACCUCGCCCGUUUCGGCUGCCCCAGGCGGCGCCACAAAGGCCCGGUCCGUUGUCUCGGGCAGCAGCAGUAGCGGUGCGCAUAACAAUAACAGUAAUCAUAAUAAUAGCAAUAGUCAGGUGGUCGAAGCCCUGGCAGCUGGGUUGGGAGGAUUGAACUUUGAGGAGACCGGUGAUGACGAUAGUUACGACUAUAGGAAAGGGGAUUUUACAGAACACGCGUGCAGGUACUGUGGUGUGUCUAACCCAGCCUGUGUGGUGCGCUGCAACGUCCCGUCCUGUCGCAAGUGGUUCUGCAAUUCCAGGGGGAACACGUCCGGCUCGCAUAUCGUCAAUCACCUGGUUCGAGCGAAACAUAAGGAAGUCUGUCUUCAUAAAGACAGUCCUUUAGGAGAAACAAUCCUUGAAUGCUACAAUUGUGGAUGUCGUAAUGUGUUCCUGCUUGGAUUUAUUUCGGCAAAGACAGAGAGUGUGGUGGUUCUUCUUUGUAGGGAACCUUGCUUAAGUGUUAAUGCAUUGAAGGACAUGAAUUGGGACCUGAGUCAGUGGUGUCCCCUGAUUGAUGAUCGGUGCUUUUUGCAGUGGCUUGUCAAGAUCCCUUCUGAACAAGAGCAGUUGAGGGCACGUCAGAUCAGUGCUCAACAGAUAAACAAGGUAGAAGAACUUUGGAAGACAAAUCCUGAUGCUUCCCUUGAGGAUCUUGAAAAGCCUGGUGUGGAUGAUGAACCUCAGCCUGUAGCCUUGAAGUACGAAGAUGCAUAUCAGUAUCAAAAUGUAUUUGCACCACUAAUUAAGCUUGAGGCUGACUACGAUAAAAUGAUGAAAGAAUCUCAAAGUAAGGACAACGUCACAAUUCGGUGGGAUAUUGGUCUUAACAAGAAGCGUAUCGCAUAUUUUGUUUUUCCAAAGGAAGACAAUGAGUUGCGCCUUGUACCUGGAGACGAGUUGCGGCUGCGUUACUCUGGAGAUGCAGCUCACCCAGCAUGGCAGUCAGUGGGGCAUGUGAUCAAGUUAACAGCACAAGAGGAGGUUGCGCUUGAACUUCGUGCUAGUCAGGGAGUGCCAGUUGAUUUGAACCAUGGUUUUAGUGUUGAUUUUGUGUGGAAAAGUACAAGCUUUGAUCGCAUGCAGGGAGCAAUGAAAACUUUUGCAGUGGAUGAGACUAGUGUUAGUGGGUAUAUUUACCACCACUUGUUGGGACAUGAAGUUGAAGUUCAAAUGGUUCGCAAUACGCUGCCCAAACGUUUUGGUGCACCCGGUCUUCCUGAGCUCAAUGCCUCUCAAGUGUUUGCUGUAAAGAGCGUCCUCCAGAAACCUAUUAGUUUGAUCCAAGGUCCACCUGGCACAGGGAAAACUGUCACUUCUGCAGCAAUUGUAUAUCAUAUGGCCAAACAAGGCCAAGGGCAGGUUUUGGUUUGUGCCCCUAGUAAUGUUGCUGUAGACCAACUAGCUGAAAAGAUCAGUGCCACUGGGUUAAAGGUUGUUAGACUUUGUGCAAAAUCAAGGGAAGCUGUGAGUUCUCCAGUUGAGCAUUUAACCCUUCACUAUCAGGUUCGACAUCUUGACACAUCUGAAAAGAGUGAACUUCACAAGUUGCAACUACUAAAAGACGAACAAGGAGAACUGUCUAGCAGUGAUGAGAAAAAAUAUAAAGCACUGAAACGGGCGACUGAGAGAGAGAUCUCUCAGAGUGCUGAUGUCAUUUGCUGCACGUGUGUUGGUGCUGGAGAUCCUCGGCUGGCAAAUUUUAGGUUUCGCCAGGUACUUAUUGAUGAAUCUACUCAGGCAACAGAACCUGAAUGUCUUAUCCCUUUGGUCCUAGGGGCAAAGCAGGUGGUUCUCGUUGGUGAUCAUUGCCAGCUUGGUCCAGUCAUUAUGUGCAAGAAAGCAGCUCGUGCUGGUUUAGCCCAGUCUCUCUUUGAACGGCUUGUUCUACUUGGUGUCAAACCUAUUAGAUUGCAGGUUCAAUACCGUAUGCACCCAUCUCUUUCGGAGUUUCCUUCUAACAACUUCUACGAAGGCACUCUACAGAAUGGAGUAACUGUAAACGAAAGGCAGUCAACGGGCAUUGACUUUCCUUGGCCUGUGCCAAAUCGUCCCAUGUUCUUUUAUGUCCAGAUGGGACAAGAGGAAAUAAGCGCCAGUGGAACGUCCUAUCUAAAUAGGACUGAGGCUGCAAAUGUUGAAAAGAUUGUAACUACUUUCUUAAGGAGCGGUGUAGUCCCUAGUCAGAUUGGGGUUAUAACACCAUAUGAGGGACAAAGAGCUUAUAUUGUGAACUAUAUGUCAAGAAAUGGUGCUCUGAGACAGCAACUUUACAAGGAGAUAGAGGUUGCAAGUGUCGAUUCAUUUCAGGGAAGGGAAAAAGACUACAUCAUCCUGUCAUGUGUGAGAAGUAAUGAACAUCAGGGAAUUGGAUUCCUCAAUGAUCCUCGUAGGCUCAAUGUUGCUCUAACACGUGCUCGAUAUGGUAUUGUCAUUCUGGGGAAUCCUAAAGUCCUGAGCAAACAGCCACUGUGGAAUAGCUUAUUGACACACUACAAGGAACAUGAAUGCCUGGUUGAAGGGCCUUUGAAUAACUUGAAGCAGAGUAUGGUUCAAUUUCAGAAGCCCAAAAAGAUCUAUAAUGAUAGGAGACUUUUCUUUAGUGGACCUGGAGUUGUGCCUAAUGAUACAUUUGGUUCUGUUGCAUCACCUGGCCAAAAUCCUGAUAGAAGAAGCGGUCGUGGUAGGGGUACUUUUGUACCUCCUGGACCUCCUAAUGGUACCCAUAAGCCUGGGGUGCAUCCUGCUGGGUAUCCAAUGCCCCGGGUUCCCCUUCCACAAUUUCAUGGCGGUCCCCCUUCUCAGCCAUAUGCUAUUCCAACUCGUGGAGCUGCCCAUGGGCCAGUUGGAGCUGUUUCUCAUGCCCCUCCACCAGGAAGUCGAGGUUUUGGGGCUGGUCGUGGCAAUGCUGGUGCUCCUAUUGGCAGUCAUCUUUCACACCACCAAGGCACCCAGCAAGCUAUUGGAAAUAUUGGCUCUACUUUUAACUUUCCAGCUCUGGAGAAUCCAAACAGCCAGCCAUCUGUCGGUGGUGGUCCAUUAUCGCAGCCUGGGUUUGUUAAUAAUAUGCCAGUUCAAGGGCCAAGCCAAACAUUUCGUGAUGGAUUUUCCAUGGGGGGCAUGUCUCAGGAUUUCUUGGGUGAUGACUUCAAAAGCCAGGGAUCACACGUUCCAUAUAAUGUUGCUGACUUUUCCACUCAGGCUUCACAAAGUGGAUAUGCUGUUGAUUAUGUUACCCAAGGGGCGCAGGGUGGGUUUCCUGGGAACUUUCUGAACCAAAAUUCUCAAGCUGGAUAUUCUCGCUUUGGCACAGGGAAUGAUUUUAUGUCUCAGGACUACAUGGCUCAUGGAUCGCAGGGUCUAUUUACUCAGGUUGGCUUCAACGAUCCCUCACAAGAUGAUGCAUCACAGAGCCAUUUCGGUGUGGCAAAUGCCAACCCACUUCAGUCUCAGCGCUUGAUGAAUUCUCUCUACUCUCAGCCCUUUGGCCACUACAACACACAACCACCGCUAAACUUGCAGGCUCCACAACAGCAGCCUCAGCAGGGUCAGAGUCAGAACUCUCAAACUCAGAAAAUCCAUUAUAAUGGUUGAGAGAGUGGGUUUUAUGGCGGUGAUGGGUUAUAGUCUUUGCACUCAGCAACUUGGUUUGUGCUCUCUUGUGUGCCCAAGUUUAUAUGUACUGCCCUACGAAUCGGAAACGGUUUGGCUUUUGGUUCAGUACAAUUACCUCCACAAUGCAUAGUGUUGAUUACUUCAGGGGUUGGGAAUAAGAUGAGUUGAUCAAGAUGAACGGGCUUCGAGAAAAAACACCGGACAGCACAUCCGUGGCUGAGAGAGAAAAGGAUAACCCCCUAAUUACCUGCAUGGAGUUUUGUAUUGUUGUUUGAGAGAAGGUAUUAAGUGUUCCAAGGGAGAGCAUUACAUGACAUGGUUUGGUUGAAAGGGUUUGGAUAUUGAAGAAACGUAUAGAAGCAAAGCCUUUUACCGCAUGCUGGGAAAACCAGCGUUGAUACAAAAGCAUUAACUGCUGAAGAUUCUUAUAGAGCCGGCCGGGGAAAGUCGAGCCUAACCCUUUCACUCGUCCUGAUAUGUAAUUAUACUCCAUAUUGAUAUUGAAUAGACGUUGUCGCCGCAGGAAUGUUUCGGUUACAAAACUAUGCCACCCAGAGAUUAAACUGCGGUGGUAUAUGAUAUAGAAUGUUUGAUCGUGGUUUCCUCUGUAAUUUGGCUUGUCUUGAUAUCUGAUGGUUGAUAUAAUAUGAUGAGCAACUUAAAAGUA